CUCAAAUUCUAAAUACUAGCGCAGAAUUGGUGAACAAACUCAACCUGUGGAUAACGAAUUCACAGCGUUUCCUCAAUCACACACUGAAAGCGUACAUGGAUCACUACCAAGAUUUCGUACAGCCGUUGCAGUACUCCAUCGACAAGUUGCGCUACGGCUUUGAUGGCCUGAAGUUAGUGCUCACACAAGCGGGUGCCAAUAUUUUACAGCUGGGCAGCUUAAAGGUAUACACCAAUUUGAACUCGCAUGAUAAACUUUCGCUUGCCUUAGCCAAUAUAGCACAGUUUCCGGCUAUGCAGCACUUAAUGGAAACCGAUGUGAAGUUAUCCGCGCGCGACGUGCUCCAGCAACGUUCGUUUAUGAACACCGUAAUGAAGCAACUGCCACACAGCGAUCACAGCUACUUCCGGUUGCUCAAGGCAAAGCUCAUCGAAUUGCGCAACACCAUUACCAUUUCAAAGUACAUAAAUGAGCAGAUCUUCGGUGAGCUGGACUACGUUUUCAAUGUAUCGAACCACAUCUGGCAGGCUGAGGAAGAGCGCCGCCGCGCCAUGAAGGCUGAGGAGGAAAAUCUCUACGUGAAUAAGACCAGAUGCGCUGAGGAAGACGAGGAACUCUUGGAGCUGCAAGAAAUCGAGUCGCACUUCCCGACCAAUGUGGAAGAAGACUUUGGCGAAUUCCUGAUCGAAGCAACAUUGGAAAAGGUGGUGAAACUGGAUAAGAAGUCGAAUUUGAAGUCACAAUCGACGCAAGUGAUACGCGAUGAGGACUACACAUUUCUUGCCACGCAUUUCAUUGAGUUAAUGGAGCAGUAUACGCGUGUAUACUACCACAAGCCCGCGACUGCUGCUAGACACCAUCUGGAGUUCAUCGAACCAUUUGAAGCGCGCAUGCAGGCAUUUGUGCCGCUAUAUGCGCACUACAAGCGCGGCUUAAAUGAUUGGCUCACUGAAGCGGCGUACAAUAGCUGCACUUUUGCGCUGGCAUUGCAACAGCAACAGCUUACUAACUCUAAUUCUUCGCUGCUUGGAAGAAGUGCGCACGCUUACAAUUACUACAAAGACUCCAACAUACCAGAAAUAAUGGGCUGCCUUGACUUGUUGAAAGACAUUGAAACGCAUGCCGAUGCGCAGCUGGCGUUGUACCCCGAGCAUGCCAGCUUGAUAGACAUCAAACGUGUGAUCGAUAGGAUACGCACAUUGCCAGCUACAGCGCCGGUGGUGCGCUUCAAUACCGGCUUUCAGCUGCUGCGACAAAAGCUCGCCCAAUGGAACGAGGUGGCACACAAGGGCAAUCACAUGCGCCAGCAGGAAGUCGCUGUGGCUGAGUACGUGCAGCGUUGGAUGAAGCUCGAGCUGCAAUGUUGGCGCAAUUGCUUGAAUCAAACACAGCGGAAGAUCGAAGCGAACGCACACAAAUACUGGUUUUUCAUCUACCAACUGCUGCAGGAGUAUUUGCGCGAGCGUGCGCUGGAUAGCUCUUACACUGAUAUAAGAACCACAGAAAAGCGUUUUGGCGACGGUGAAUUGCUCGAUGAGGCUGAAGUCGAGAAGAAGACAACUGCCAGCGCUGAUGACAUUGUGCGCAUACUACGACAAUUCGUAGAAGCAGCUAACUAUGGCGAUUUUCAUGUGCGCUUACAAUUUUUGCAAGCAUUCGAACUUUAUCUACACAAUGUUGAACACUUAGCAUUGCAGAGCACUUCCGUCGACGAUGCGCGCAUGCUAAUUGCCGGUUUGCGCAAUUUACAAAUUUACUUCGCGCAAUUUGCGCAAGAAAUCGGAGAGAGCGCGGCAAGCAUGCGCGCGCCCAUCGAGAAGAAAUUGAAGGAACUGGUGAAGAUAGAAAGCUACAAUAAGGAUCUGUCCUACUUCAGCAUGCGCAAUAAUGUGGCGCGCGUGCAUCGCAAUCUGAAUACAUUUUUAAAAGAAUACCAGCAGCAAUUGCAGCAGAAGAUUACGCCAGUGUUCCAGCCCAAAGAUGCCACCGUUAAGGAUUACAAUUUCGAAAAUGAUAAAGGGCGUGAACUGCGCUAUGACACGCGCAUCAAGUAUUACCUGGUGGAAGUUAAAAAUUUUGUGGCGCCACAAAAACUGGCCGAGAAAUUCAUUUUAGGCGAAGAAGCUGCUGUGGGUGUACCACCACUCGAAGGGAGCGAACAAAGCCUACUCAAUAAGGUUGGUCGGCUCUUCAAAACCACGCGUAACGUAGUAAAGGAAACAGUUGGCAAUGCCAGCUUUUCCAACCUAAUCAUUGCUUUGGACAGCGUGCUUUGCGAACAGCUGGAGCGUUGCGAUGAGCUGCGCGCGCUCAGCGUGGACCGCAGCAAGGAGCGACCAAAGCAAGUUUUGGAAGCUAAGCAAAUUUUACAGCAAAAACGCAAAGGACUGACCGAUCUAUUCAAAACGCUUACACAACUUGGAUUGAGCUACAAGGCUGGACUGAUGGAGUUGUCAUUGCGUACCGAUUUCGACGAGUUUACGCUGCCGCCGUUCUGCAUUAAGACCAUGCUUGGCGCGCGCAACGAUAAGCGCCUGCACACAAACGUGCAGCACCUGAACGAAAACGUGGAUCGAUACUACGCGAAAUGCCAAUUCAAAUUAAGAUUGUUGCAGAAUAUUAUGUUGGCGCCGCUGUCCGAGUUGGGUCCGCCCAAUAUAGAGCGAAUAAAGGGCUUUGCAGUGGACAUGUUCCUUCUGGUGCAGAACCAGAGGCGUCUGCUCGCGCAUACUAGCAAGCAAAUUUACGAUUUGGACAUACUAAUGCAGGAUAUUAAAGAGAUCUUUGAUGUGUGCUCUGUCUCGGUGAAGACCGUGGAAGGCUUGGCAUUCAGAGAAGCGCGCGACUCGUAUCUGGCCUUGCGUGAGUCCAUCUCUCGCAUGCGUUAUGUGAUGGAGCAAUUUAGCCUACUGCUGACGUGCGCGCCAUCUGGCGAUAGCGAAGCAAAUACUGUGCUGACGCAUAGUGAAAACCGCCUAUUGCAAAACUCUGCCUACUUCAAUGCAAUCAACGACAACUGUGAUGAUGUCAUCAAAACAGCAAAGGCCACCCUCGCUAAUAUGCUGAGCCACGACAAGGAAUUCUUGGCUGUCACUAAGGUGGCAGAGUACAGAGCAACACACGAUAAACUGCGUCAGACGCUGGAGCAAAUUGUCAGCAGUUUGAGAAGUGGCGCGGGCGACCCGCUGCCAAUUGCCAAACCCAUUGUAGAAUUGCUUGAUUUCGUUGAGUCGUGCAGCAAAUGUGUAUCAUCGCCAAAUGAAUUAACGCCCUCAAUCGAAUUGGAUAAUUUAGAUGCCGUCCUCGAAAGUAUUUUGCACGCUGUGCUAAUGGCUUUGCAGAAGCUUUACAAAAAGUACACAGAGGCGACCACUACGCCCACAGAGGAAUCGCUCUCGCCAAGCAAGGCGCGAAAUGAGCUCGAGUUGCAGGAGAAGCAUUUGAAGGAGCAGGUGCACGCGGCGCUGGAGUCCGAUUGGCAAACGCUGAAUAUUGUUAGUAUUGUCGAGCAGCUGUCUAACGUGCUGCUCGCUCUCAAGCACGCCACACCAUCCCAGUCGAAAUUGGGUUGCGCGCGCAAACUCACCACGCUCAUACCAAUAUUGGAGCAAUACUAUUUGUUGGCAGAAUACUAUCUCUUCCAGCAGCUGGGCGCGCACAAAGUAUCGGCGAAAAUGCUCUCGGUCAUGUUAACGGUGUUUGUGGAGAUCGGCAGCAAAGGAUUUUGUGUGCCACCCGACCUAAUGCAAGAUGAAGAGGGUCAAGCGAAAGAGCAGAAAGAAGGUGAAGGUUUCGGUCUGGAAGACGGCACAGGUGAAAAUGAUGCCUCAGACAGAAUUGAGUCUGAGGACCAGCUGGACGAUGCGAAACGGCCUGAAGAUCGAAAAGCGGAGGAGGGCAAACAGCCAGAAGAUUGCAAGCAGGACAAAGGCAUUGAAAUGAGUGAGGACUUUGAUGCAAAUAUGCAGGAUAUAGAAAAGCCAGAAGAGGAUGAUAGUGGUGAGUCGGAAGAUGAUGACGAAUUGGACAAGCAAAUGGGUGAGACGGGGGAGGAGGCAGAUAAGUUGGACGACCAGAUAUGGGGCGACGACGAAGAGAAAAACGAGGAAGAGGAAGAAGAGAAUGAACAAGAAGAGGAUCAAGGAAAGGGCACUAAGGACGAGAAGGACACGCACAACGACUUGGAUACGAAGAAUGAUGCCGCCAAUGAAAAUGAUCAGGAAAACGAAGGACUCGAUGCGGCAGAUGAGCCAACGAAUGAAAAGCGGAAACAACAAGAGAAAGAUAUUGACAAUAUGAAGGAACCUGAAGGAGAAGACCAAGCCAACCCCCACCACAAUGAACUGGAGGAGCCACAACCGGAGGAAAUGGAUUUGGGCGAUAUGAAUGCGGAUGAUGAGAAAGAAGAUGGCAACGACGAGCGCGAGGGUGAGGAGAAUCCUUUUGACAUUGAUAAAAUGAAGGAGAAUAUGCAGGUGUUAGACGAACAAAGUAAAGAAGAUGAAGAAGAGUCAAAAGAGGAGGCGAAUGAAAACGAACCGAAUGUAGACGACAGUGACUCGGAGGAUGGCGAUGGCGACACCGAAUUGCGCAAGGACGAGAACAAAGAAGAUGAAGAAAGCAGAAGAUGAAGACGGUAAAGAAGAACAGGAAGAGGCGAAGCCGAAACGCAGACACGGGCCGAGCAAGAGCCUGAGGCGCCGCCGGUGGAUAAGGAAGACGAAGAACAAGAGCAUACCGAGAAGCCGGAAGAGUACGAGCAAUCCAAGGACAAAAUGAGUAAAGAAGAAAAUGUGCAGUCCGUGCCGGAAACGGAAAAAGGCACCCCAGAUCAAGUACAAAGUGAGAAUAAUGAGGACGUGAAGCAGGAUCAAAAAUUAGACGAGCAAGAAACCGGCGAAGAGAAGGAUGUUGGACAGGCAGAAAAUGACACCAACGACGGUGGGCACCAAGGCAUUGCUGAGACCAAGGAGAAAGUGGCACAGGACGACAGCGUUAAAGAGCAAAAGACGCAAGAGAAGCGUAAACAAGGCAAAACUAAUGAGGAACGCACACUGGGCGAAGCGGAGCAGAACAAAAUAAAACAGCUGAAAACAAUAGAUAAAAUGAAGGAGCAGCAACAAAAAGAAGACGAAGAAAUCGAAGACGACCACGAAGCAGAUUCCGAAGAGUUCCAGCACGUAAAAGAUCCUAAGAACAGCGAUAAAACAACGCUUGACAAUGCCACGGAAGAGCAGUCAAAGCAGAUUAGGCAUCAAGAGGAUGAAGAGAAGCCAGAUGCUGAGAACGAGGAUGCAGAGAACAAUGAGGGCCUACAGGAAGAGGACGAAGAGGAAACAGUUAAGUCACCCGAAGAGGAACAGGAUCCCGAAGAGAUGAGCGCCGAGAAGUUUGACAAAAAAUCAGAUAAGCCUUCGAAGACUGAACGUAUUAAGGAUCGCACUGAGGCGCCUGAAGAAAUGGAAGUUGAAGGUGAAGUUGUGCAAACCAUGACGGCGACGCGUAGUGAUGAUACUUCGGCACAUUGCAACAAAGAGAUACUCUUGGAGAACCUAACGCGAAGUGAAGAAUUAAGCACAGCUGAACUGCUGGAAAUGCGCAGGGCGUAUCAACAGCAAUUAACGGCUAAUAAGACCGCUCUUCCAAUGCACGAGGAUUACGAAACGUGGCAAACUAUAUCGAAUCGCAUGGCGCAAAAUGCACGCGAACUGUGCGAACAACUGCGUCUCAUUUUGGAACCCACCAAGUGUACACGUCUAAAAGGCGAUUAUCGCACCGGCCGUCGCAUCAAUAUGAAGAAGAUAAUACCCUAUAUAGCAUCACAGUUUCGCAAAGAUAAAAUAUGGUUGCGUCGUACGAAAGCAGCACAACGUGACUAUAAAAUCACAAUAGCCAUCGACGAUUCCAAGUCGAUGCAUCAUAACAAUUCGAAAACACUAACGCUCGAGGCAAUCUCGUUAGUUUCGCAAGCGCUAACGUUGCUUGAAAGCGGUCGUUUGAGUAUUGUGUCAUUCGGUGAAUCACCACAAAUUAUACUCAAUCACACAGAACAAUUCGAUGGACCCAAAUUGGUGAAUGCACUUAAUUUUGCGCAGGAUAAGACAAAAAUCGCUGAACUACUCGAUUUUGUGCGUACGGCAAACAUGGAAGAGGGUGCACUGGGCACGGACAAUGGUCUAUUCGAAAAUUUAUUGCUGGUACUGAGUGAUGGUCGUAAUAUAUUCAGCGAGGGGCGUGUUAAGGUGCGAAACGCAAUCAAGUUGGCGCGCAUGCAACGCAUAUUCUUAGUGUAUAUAAUAAUUGAUAAUCCAGAUAAUAAGGACUCAAUACUGGACAUACAAACCAUGGAGAUGCUACCUGACAAACGCAUUACUAUUAAAUCUUAUUUGGAAGAUUUCCCAUUCCCAUAUUAUGUGAUUGUACGCGAUUUGAAUCAACUACCUUUGGUGCUGAGUGAGGCUAUGCGUCAAUGGUUCGAAUUGGUGAACAGUGAAAUGUGAAGCAGCUGCUCCACCGGUCAGAUAUUUAAUAAGUUUUAUGAAAGCAAGUUAUUUGCAUAGCAAAAAUAAUCGUUUGAAUUAUAUGUAUAUCAUUGUUUGGUUUUUUUUUGAAAGCGAAAGAACUGUUGCAUUUAUGUUAGAAUGUUUGAAUUGUAUCAAAUAUAAAUUUAUUUAAGAUUUCAAGUGAAUCUGUGACGUUAAACAUGCUUUGCAAUUUACA